GCCGCUCCUGUUAGUUACAUACGUACUGCUGCUGUUGCUGGUGCUAUUGUCUCUACACUGACUCUCUCUCUCAUUCUCUCACUGGCUGUAUACUUCUAUACCUAGAUUACACAACGUGGCCGAAAUUGCUUUGCCGGCUGCAUUAUAUCAAAGAUAUAAUUUAAUAACGCCUUAUAUCAAGAAUGGCUGCUGUUAGUGCCAUCAAGAGACUUGUACCUCUCUUUGAUAGAGUUCUUAUACAAAGAGCUGAAGCAGUAACCAAAACGAAAGGAGGCAUUGUUCUACCAGAGAAAGCUCAGGCAAAAGUUUUACAGGGUACUGUAGUGGCAAUAGGACCUGGGCAACGGAACGAGAAAGGAGAACAUGUUCCUUUAAGCAUCAAAGUUGGUGAUGUUGUUUUAUUGCCAGAAUAUGGAGGAACUAAAGUAGAGCUCGAAGAUAAUAAAGAAUUACACUUAUUCCGCGAGUCGGACAUACUGGCGAAGUUAGAAGUUUAAGGUUGUAUUGAUUGUAAGUUUAAAAUACUUCAAACAUUAAAAAAUAUUUGAAAGUUUCUGAAGUCAUAAACCUAAUAUGUAUGCGUAUACACAUUUACACCUCUUGCACAUAGUUUAAGUCUACCGUUCUAUCAUCAUAAAUUCACAUAUUCCUCCAAAAGCUGGACGUUGAAAUAAAUAUAAUGUUACGAAUACCGAAAGAAAUAAAACACGUAUUGAUUAUGUUUGUAAAAAUAUCAUUUGCUGUGUUAAUUUUGUUAAUUUUGUUAAUUUACAUUCGAUUUUAAUAAUUUGUACCGUUAAGGAUAGUUGGAAUAAAGUCUGUUAAUAUUAUCAGAAUACAAGAUUUUUUUAUUGUACUUAAAUUCGUAUUAUGUAUGUAAAAGGGACUUAUAUCUUCAUAGCAAAUAAACUAAUUUUAUAAUUUUUAAUGCAAA